AUGACAGAGGAAAGAGAGUGGAUAAAAAGAAUUCAGGAAGAAAAUGCACAUCUCAAAAAUCAAAUUCGGCUGCUAAGAGAAAAUUAUGAAUUACGCACAUUGUUGAGUCAGUCUGAGAACAACAAUCAGGCCCAGUUCAUAGCACCUCAAAUUUCUCCUACGUAUCCUGAUGCUAGUUCAUUAGGAAAAGCAGCUCAGUCUGUCAGAAAAGAUUAUAAUUAUUCUCCCCACAUCUUUUCCAAAGAGGCCAACAUGUCAUAUCCUAGCACCCAGUCACCAAUUAAAUUGUUCCACACUGAUCCUGUUACUGUUCAAUCUAGAAGUGAAGAUAGGAAAUCUGCACACAUCGCAAAUAUACCAUAUUCUACCAUGCCUGGAAAACAGCGUGAAGAACUCACAGACAUAUCAAUGUUAAGGAAAUCUUGGGCUCCAGAUGGUCCUUUCCCUGGUGGUGAUAAGGUUCAAACAUUUCCAUUUAGAGGACUCCUGAAUCCAAAAGAGAAGCUCAAUUCCUCAACAUCGUGGCCAGAAGAAUCACCUUCUUCAAAGACACACAAAGAGGAUGCCCAAGCACAGAUGACAUUUUCUAACGAUGUAAACAUCCCCAAAGGCAGGAGUCCUGAGAGACAGUCCUAUUGCUUAGGAGCUAAUGCUCUGGAUACCAGCAUGGACAAAACCCAGCUUGAAUUGCAAGAGAUGCCUCGGAAGAAAAGAGUCUGGUUUUCUGAUUCACCUGCGACAGACAAAUUAAGGAAGUUCCAUACGUUCUACCUGAAUGAUAUAGAAAUUGCUCAAAACAACAAGAAAAAUGGGCGCAUCGUGGGAGAGAUUGCUUUCCAGUUAGACAGGCGUAUCCUUGCACAUGUGUUCCCUGGAAUCACACGGCUCUAUGGAUUUACAGUAUCCAAUAUUCCUGAGAAAAUAAAGCAAGUCUCCACAAGAUCUUUAGAUGGUUCUCUAGACGAGAAAAAGUAUCGAGCUAUAACCCAACGUUAUCAUAACCUGAUUACCCGCUUGGAGAAAAUGGGCUACCGCACCGAUGUCCACCCAGUGUUUAGUGAAUUUCUUAUCAACACCUAUGGCAUCCUGAAGCAAAGGCCUGACCUCACCUCUAACCCCAUGAAUGACAAUCCUAAUGAUCUCAGAAAAAUGGUGAUAGACAUUGUCCCAGCUAAAUUCCUUGGUGAUACCUUACUGCUCUUGAACUGUUUGUGCGAACUUUCCAAAGAAGACAACAAGGCCCUUUUUGCCUGGUAG